AUGAAUUCUUUCGAAUUUCAUUGGUCCUUUCUGUUUGUUUUUAUUUUGCUUGCUUUUAGUUUUAUUCUCCCCUGUUAUCGUAUUAUACCAUCCUCUAUAUCUCUCUCUCUUUCUCUUUCUCUCUUUUUCUCUCUUUCUCUCUCUCUUUCUCUCUCUCUUUCUCUCUCUCUUUCUCUCUCUUUCUCUCUCUCUUUCUUUCUUUCUUUCUUUCUUUCUCUCUCUCUUUCUCUUCUUUCUCUCUCUCUUUUCUCUUCUCUCUCUCUCUCUCUCUUUCUCUUUUCUUUUUCUUUCUCUUUCUCUUCUCUCUCUUUUCUCUUUCUUCUCUUUCUCUCUCUCUUUCUCUUUCUCACUUUUUCUCUCUUUCUCUCUUCUUUCUCUCUUUCUUUUUUCUCUCUUUCUUUUCUUUCUUUUCUCUCUCUCUCUCUCUCUUAUCUUCAUUUUACACCUUGCCUAUUUUCUCAUUUCUCUCUAUUUCUUUUCUGUCUUUUCUUUUUUUCAAGUGUUUAUUUUGCCAUUUUUUAA